AUGAGUCGCUUGAGCUUAAACCUCGCCGUCAGUGUCGGCACCGCUGCAGCUCUAUGCAUCGUUCGCAUGCGUCGUGCGACUUACUCGAAGCUAGCGCAACGUGUGCACCCACCCGUCUUGGAGAAGAGGCCCAAGAUGGUGCCAUUCGGCGCUGUCGUCGGCGAAAACCGAGGCCCAAACCCCAUGAAGCCUGUCCUGUACAUGGAGGACCCGUACUUUUACGUUCGGGACGACUCGCGCAAAAACAAAGAAGUGCUGGAGCAUCUGCGCAAAGAAAACGAGUACACGGACAUCAAGACGAAGCAUCUUGCUAACGUGCGCGCCAACAUUUACGAAGAAUUGCUGUCGCACGUGCAAGAGACGGAUGAGGACUACCCAUAUCCGCACGGCCCGUAUUUGUACUACAAGCGGACGAUGAAGGGCAACAGCUACGUAUAUCACUGUCGUAAAUCUAAAGUGGAAGGCGCUGCUGAGGAGCUGCUGCUGGAUGAAAAUGAGAUCGCCAAGGGCCACAGCCACUGCCAGGUAGUCCGCGUCUCCAUAAGUCCUGAUCAUCGUUACCUGGCCUAUAUGGUGGACUUCAGUGGCUACGAAACGUACACAGGUUACGUGAAAGAUCUCCAGACUGGGGAGUUGCUUGCUGAUCGCAUCAAAGAUAUCUCUUGUCUAUGCUGGGGAAAAGACGCGUCUGUGCUAUACUAUGCCACGCAGGACAAAGCGCACCGUCAGGACAAGCUUUGGCGUCACGAGAUGGGUAGUACAGGCGCUGACGAGCUGCUUUACUCGGAAGAUGAUGAGAUCUAUAGCGCCAGCUUCCAGAAAUCCCGCAGCGGAAAAUACAUGUUUUUGGUUUCCUCAAGCUGUGAAACGAGCGAGGUGUCCUUCAUCGACUUGGACAAAGCAUCGGAACCACCGCGAUUGAUUGCCAAGCGAAAACAGGGAUUGCUCUAUGGAGUUGAUCAUUUUGCCGACAGCUUCUACAUCGUGACGAACAGGGACAACGCCACAAACUUCAAGUUGAUGAGAGCACCCGUAUCGUUGCCGUCGCCUGAACAUUGGGUCGAGGUGUUUCCGUACGACACAAGCAUCAAGAUAGACGAUAUUGACUGUUUCAAGGACUUUAUGGUCAUGGAGGGUCGUCAGGGCGGCUACUCGCAGCUCUGGAUUGUUACCCCUGAGGGAAGCAAUAAGCAUUCUCGACACCGGAUCACGUUCAAAGAGUCGAGUUAUACUGUCUUUGGCUCCGUCAAUCGGGACUACGAUACCGACAAGUAUCGAUUCGUGUACACGUCGAUGACAACUCCUGCAACGACUUUCGAUUACGAUGUCAAUGCCGGUAAACUGCGACUGCUGAAAGAGAAGCCCGUGCCAAACUAUGACCGUUCGCUGUACAAAGUUGAGCGCUUGGAAGCAAAAGCAGACGACGGGACAAUGGUGCCUAUGUCACUUGUAUACCGUUCUGAUAUGCGCGCGCAGGACCGCCAGCCGCUGCAUUUGUACGGGUACGGUUCGUAUGAGAUAUCGAUUGACCCUAGUUUUGUCUCCUCCAUCUUGCCGCUGCUCGACCGAGGUGUGAUAUACGCGAUUGCGCACAUCCGUGGUGGUGGUGAGAUGGGCCGGACGUGGUACGAAGAUGCAAAGUACAAGAAGAAGGUCAACACUUUUGCUGACUUUAUCCGUUGCGCUGAGCAUUUGAUCAAUACUGGGUACACGAGUCCCAGCAAGAUGACUUGUGAAGGUCGAAGCGCUGGCGGGCUGCUGAUGGGCGCAGUGUUGAACAUGCGUCCAGACCUUUUUACGGCUGCGAUCGCCGGGGUGCCUUUUGUGGACGUAAUGAACACUAUGAGCGACGCUUCGAUUCCGCUGACCACUGGAGAAUGGGAGGAAUGGGGAAACCCGAACGAGAAGGCGUACUUUGAGUACAUGCUCAGUUACUCUCCGUACGAGAAUGUGAAGCAGCAAGCAUAUCCAAACAUUUUGGUGACGAGCGGGUUGUAUGAUCCACGUGUGGCAUACUGGGAGCCCACGAAAUGGGUCGCCAAGCUGCGCGACACGAAGAGCGACCAAAACGACGUGUUGCUGAAAAUGGAUUUGUCAUCGGGCCACUUCAGCGCCAGCGAUCGGUACCAUUACCUGAAGGAGAAGGCGUUUGAUCUGGCAUAUUUGCUGGACCAGCUCAAGGCGAUCAAAGGAGAAGACAAGAAAGCGCCGAAAGCAGCUUUAACGCUAUAA